UUUUAUAUACUUAAUGAAAACAAUAACGUAGCCCUUCCCUUUGUAAAACUAAAUACUAACACGACAGCGUUUUGGUCCUCUCUUCCUCCCUCCCUCCCUCCCUCCUUCCCUCCCGGCAUUCUUCUUCUUUAUUCCUCUUCUCUUUCAAUUUCGCCUCUGAAACAAUACACUAGUCUUCCGACCUAUGGGUUUAAUACUUGAAACAGUUGAUGGAGAUGAGGUUUUGGUUCCUCCGCCUAAUUUCUCAAUGGUUGAUGAUGGCAUUUAUCGGUCGAGUUUCCCUCAGCCUUCCAAUUUUGGAUUCAUUCGAUCACUCAAUCUUCGAUCCAUAGUAUAUUUGUGUACGGAAUCGUAUCCAGAUGAGAAUCUCAAGUUUCUUGAGUCUCAAAAUAUCCGUCUAUUUCAGUUUGGAAUUGAAGGGAAAACAGAGCCUUCCCUACCUACUCUCAGGGAUGCUAUCAUGAGAGCUCUGAAGGUCUUAAUUGAUGUGAGAAAUCAUCCAGUUCUGAUCCAUUGCAAACGCGGAAAGGUAAGCCUGAGUUGUACACUGCUGCUAAAUUUUUUGGUCUGCUAUGAUACAAAUUUGUUCUAGCUCGUAAUGCAUCAAUCAGUCUUUUGUUUGCUUCUGUC